AUGACUCUUGUGUCCCAGGAGAAUCAUGACGACACUGUGGUCGUCACUCCUGUGUUGCAAGAUACAGUGGAUUUGGAGGCAGCAGACCAAGAGUGCAGUGAAAGAGUGUUCAUCAAUAUCUCAGAAGUGGAGUUGCUCCUGCGCCUGUCAGUGCUGUGUUCGGACGCUGCGGUUCUCCCUAUGCUCUCAACUCCUCCUCUUCCCAAAAUGACCGUAGUAGCAGGAGACAACAUGGAUGAGACCUCAGCUGUCCCCGGUCACCCUCAGGACACUUACCCCCCAGACCACAAUGACCAUGAAUGCUGCGAAAGAGUGGUCAUCAACAUAGCUGGUCUCCGGAACCGCCCAAGUUUUGAUGCUAUCCUCUAUUACUACCAGUCUGGAGGUCGCCUUCGAAGACCAGUGAAUGUCCCAUUAGACAUGUUCUCAGAAGAGAUCAAGUUUUAUGAACUGGGUGCAGAAGCUAUGGAGAAAUUUCGCGAAGAUGAGGGUUUUAUCAAAGAGGAAGAGCGGCCUUUACCUGAGAAGGAGUUUCAGCGUCAGGUUUGGCUCUUGUUUGAGCACCCUGAGAGCUCCAGCACCGCCAGAGGGAUCGCCAUCGUCUCUGUGAUGGUCAUUCUCAUUUCAAUAGUUAUAUUUUGUUUGGAAACAUUACCACAGCUCAAAGAGGAUCCAAGGGGACGGAUGGAGACUGUGGGGAACAUUACUGUAUAUUACAAGCCAAAUAUUCUCACAGAUCCCUUCUUCAUCAUUGAGACACUCUGUAUUAUCUGGUUCUCUUUUGAGUUGAUAGUGCGCUUCCUGGCAUGUCCAAGCAAGCCUGCCUUCUUCAAGAACAUGAUGAAUACGAUUGACAUAGUGGCCAUCAUCCCCUACUUCAUUACACUGGGCACUGAGUUGGCCGAAGACCCUGAAACCGAGGGCGUUGGGGAGCAGGCUACGUCUCUGGCCAUACUCAGAGUCAUCCGUCUGGUCAGAGUGUUUAGGAUCUUCAAAUUGUCUCGGCACUCAAAAGGUCUGCAAAUUUUGGGCCAGACUCUCAAGGCCAGUAUGAGAGAGCUGGGAUUGCUGAUCUUUUUUCUGUUCAUUGGAGUUAUCUUGUUCUCCAGUGCUGUGUACUUUGCUGAGGCAGAGGAGGAAGGGUCCAUGUUUGGCAGUAUACCAGAUGCCUUUUGGUGGGCUGUUGUGUCUAUGACAACUGUGGGCUAUGGGGACAUGGUCCCUGUCACUAUAGGAGGCAAGAUUGUAGGUUCUUUGUGCGCCAUAGCUGGAGUGUUGACAAUUGCUCUACCAGUCCCUGUCAUUGUGUCUAACUUCAACUACUUCUACCACAGAGAAACAGAGGGAGAAGAGCAGGCUCAGUUACUCAAAGUCAGCAACCCCAACAUCCCUUCAGAGUCUAAUUCAAGUCGCCGUAGUUCAUCCACUCCGGCUGCUGCGAUGAGUCCGCGCGUGAAGCAGGCUCUGUGGUGUUGGUGGCAGCAGGCACGGUAUCUGCCGGGUCGAGCAUUUUUUUUUAACAUGGCCUAA